AUGUCCUUAGCAGAAGAACUUUUAGCAGACUUGGAUGACGCAGAAACAGCGGAAGAACACAUUGCAGAUGGCGCUGACGACGAACUGGAAGAUGUGAGCAUGACUCUUGGCACCGAUGGCUCCUUCGUGCUUCCUGUCGAUGAUAAGCCGACGAGUUCGGUCAAGUCCAUGACGUUUUCAAGUGCACCAAUCACUGCGUUUGCCAAACUCCGUCAUUCCGAGAAGUUAUCCAAAGUGAUGUCUGAUCUGGAUUACUAUUCCAAGAAACCAAAACGCGACAAAAUCCAUGGGCCGGUUGAGUCUGACCCGGAAUACCAGUGCAUCGUAGAAGCAAAUAACUUGAUGGUGGAGAUAGACAACGAAAUCAAUAUCAUCCACAAGUAUGUGCGGGAUCUUUACUCCAAUCGCUUUCCGGAACUGGAAUCUCUUGUUCCUUUGUGCUUGGAUUACCUGAAGGUAGUUUUGGUUUUGGGAAAUGAGAUCCUUGAGCGAUCCAAGCAGACUGAUCUUUUGGCAUCCUUUCUGACUCCUGCAACAAUUAUGGUUGUCUCGGUCACUGCGUCCACGACUCAAGGGGCUCCUUUGGAUGAAAAUCAACUCAGCCGGAUUAUGGAGGCAUGUACGAUGGCAAUCGAACUGCAAGAAAUGCGAUCUGCUAUGCUCGCUUACGUUGAAUCUCGCAUGUCUUUCAUUGCUCCAAACACCAGCAUUCUUGUGGGAGCCUCAACGGCUGCCAAACUGAUGGGUCAUGCUGGUGGCUUGACAGCCCUCACAAAAAUGCCCUCCUGUAACAUACUUGUCCUGGGUGCACAGAAACGUCUGCUAUCCGGGUUCAGUAAUGCUUCCGUUCUUCCUCAUACGGGUUACAUAUUCAAUGCGGAGGUCGUGCAGAAGCUACCACCCGACUUACGCUACAAGGCAGCUCGCUUAUUGGCUAACAAGGUGGCUUUGGCCGCUCGGGUUGAUUUGUUUCAUGAGGCUUCGCCUUGGCUUGUCUUGUCCCCAGUUCUUCUACAGAUCUCGUUUUUUUCUAAUUUCAUCCAUAGGACGGACACAUCGGCGAAACGUGUUUGCUCGCCUUCCCUCAUAGGUCAUGCUGGUGGCUUGACAGCCCUCACAAAAAUGCCCUCCUGUAACAUACUUGUCCUGGGUGCACAGAAACGUCUGCUAUCCGGGUUCAGUAAUGCUUCCGUUCUUCCUCAUACGGGUUACAUAUUCAAUGCGGAGGUCGUGCAGAAGCUACCACCCGACUUACGCUACAAGGCAGCUCGCUUAUUGGCUAACAAGGUGGCUUUGGCCGCUCGGGUUGAUUUGUUUCAUGAGGCUUCGGACGGACACAUCGGCGAAAAACUUAUGUUGGAGGUAGAACGGAAGUUUGACAAGUGGCAGGAACCUCCUCCGGUCAAGACAAUCAAGGCUUUACCUGCUCCCAUUGAUCCUCCAGCAAAGAAACGUGGUGGACGACGUUAUCGAAAGAUGAAGGAACGCUUAGGCAUGACGGAAUUACGGCGUUCGGCCAAUCGAAUCCAAUUCGGAGAGAUUAGUGAUGACGCUUAUCAAAGUGAUUUAGGCUUUUCACUGGGUUCCUUGGGACAAAGGGGUAUCGCCGGACGUCUCCGGGCUCCCCAAGCAGAUUCCAAGACGAAGGCGCGAGUGAGCAAAGCUCUUCAGCAAAAGCUGUCCCGUUUCGGUGGUAUGUCCACUAUGCCCACCACAGCACUGGGUGCGACAACCUGGGGUGGGAGUUCCACGGUUCGGAAGCAUGUGGCUGGUACCUCUUCCUCCAUCGCAUUCACACCACUUCAGUCUCUAAUGCUCCCGGGGAGUCCGCUCACAGAUAUCGAGUACGCAGACGACAUAACCCUUCUUGGAUCUGACCCCGUCGUAAUGCAAACAAUAUUGAAUAAUCUAAAUAAUUCUGCCUCACAGUUUGGCAUGCGCCUCACACCUACAAGGUGUAAAGCGCUACUGCAAGACUGGGUGGGCUCGAACCCUAGCCUCAUGCUUGCGGAUGAACCGAUUGAGGUAGUAGACAAAUUUGUUUAUCUGGGCAGCUGUAUCAGUCCCGGUGGUCUCACGGAAGAUGAAAUUUCCAUCCGGAUUGGGAAGGCCACAGCAGUUUUUGCGAACCUACGUCACCUGUGGCGUAGGCGUGACAUCAGCUUCUCCGUCAAGGGUCGAGUUUACAAUGCUGCGUUGCGCUCCAUAUUACUAUAUGGAUCAGAAACGUGGCCGCUACACGCCGAGGACGUCAAAAGACUUUCAGCGCUUGACCACCGAUAUCUUCGGAGCAUUGCCCGAAUCGGGUGGGAACACCGGAUCAGCAAUGCUGAAGUACGUCGAACAGUAUUCGGGAGAAAUAACUCACCCCCGAUAGAUGAACUGAUCACACUGCAGAGGUUGCGCUGGCAUGGCCACGUGCUGCGUAUGCCAGUCGACCGAAUUCCUCGAAGGGCUCUUUUAGUCCAACCAUGUGAAGGGUGGAAGAGAAUCAGAGUCGGCCAAACAAUUACUUGGCAGCGAAGUAUGAAAGCAGUUACCAGCAAACUCAGCUGCGCUGGUCACUGCCGUCUUCUUGGAUGGGGACCCCGAGACGGGCCACAUCAAUGGCUAGAGACAUUAUCAGACAUGGCUCAGAUGCGCCCUCAAUGGCGCUCGUGCAUCAAAGCUAUUGCCUUCAAUGCAUAG